AUGGAUAAUUUACAGACCCCCCCAAAGAAAGUGCAGACCUCUCCUGCAACCGAGUCUUCAGCGCAGUUCUCGCAAUAUCACAACCAAUUGUCGUCAAUUGGUAUGAGGAUAAGGCAGAGCAUGGACCUGAACAACACUACUCAAAAGUAUCUCAAUAACCCGUUGAGCACGGCCAACUACUCGUCCAUGGUCGUCCCAGGGUACAAGAGACAAGACGUCCCUUCAAACGUCACCGUGCCAAUGUUGGUCAACGAAGCAACCAUGUCUUCGUCAAACCUGGACUCCAUGUUCACGCAACAGCCACAGCCACAGAUGGUCCCUUCCAACGAAAUGAACUCUACCAAGAGAAAGAGAGACUUCUGA